AUGUCUACUGCACCGCCACGGGGCUCGCUGUUGCGCACGGCGUCGGCUGAACAAGUAUCGCUACAACACCCGUCGCCCGGCCUGGAGAGCCUGCAGGGCGCAUACAUCAAGAACGUCGAGCGGCUGGAGCAGUCGGCAGAAGAGAUGAGCCAGGGGGGAAGCGACAUUGGCGACGAGAUUCGCAGGAUGAAACAGGAACAGGACCGGGCCUCAUUACGGUCGAGCAGCAUCUCGGUCGCCUCUGAGUCGCCGUCAGGCCCACGUGAAGGCCGCCAGCCGAGCAUCGACAGAGUCAUCAGCACCCGCAGCCGCAGCCGCAACCACUCGACGUCCAGCUACGCAAACUCGAUUGUCGACGUCAACACCCACGCCCGCUGGGGAGGCUACUCGCCCGGAGGAUACAUCACCAGUCCCGCCGUCUCGCGCGUCAGCAGCUUCCACCGUCCCUCGGGCAUGCCCGAGCCCGUUCAGGAGGGCCGUCCGCUGGACUCGCCCCUGGCCUCGCCCACGAGCUACUCGAGUCCGCGUCGCCAACCCUCACACUACUCGCUUGCACCCACCGUAGAAGAUGUCGAGUUGCUCGACGGACAAGCAAGACGCAUCGACGACGUCGACAAGACCCCUGAGCCGGAGCAUCAAGAGUGGGACAAGGCGAGCAGACGCCUCUCAGACCUCGACGAGCUGAGCCACUAUUCGCAUGAUGGUCAACAACACUUUGACGAGCAAGAUGAGCAGAGCCAUUACUCGCAGCCGGACCAACAGAGCCACUAUCCUCAACCCGACCAUACAAGUCACCACUCGCAGGACGAUAGACAGCUCCCCCAGCAGCAGACAUAUUCUCACCAGCACAAAGUUAGCCAGGAGGAGGAAUGGCAGCAAGAAGCUCAUGAUUUAUACCAGCAGGCUGCCGACCAAGAUGGAUACAACGACUUUGUCCAAAAUCCCCCGGACCGUCCGCCAACUGCUGACACUUUCCGUGAUGCCCGCUCACUCUUCAAGGACUUUGACGGUGUACAUUACUCGCCGACUAACGAGGAAGAAGGCCCGAGUGGUUUGCAGCAACGAAUGUCGCGCAUGUCUCGCCAACCCCGCCCCAUGUCAUAUGCCCGCCCCAUGUCCUACGCACAGCCUCCGCCGAAUGAGGGCAUGGUCUAUUACCCAGCUCCCGUACCACGCAUGUUGAAUCUGCCCAAGCGACUGUCCCAACUGCCGUCAGCCAACCAGCAAGCUCAGCGUCGCUCUCAGGUCUUGAGUGCCAUGCCUCUUGCUUCACGGCAGAGUGCCCCUUGGCUACCUCCUCUGGACCUGCCCGAGGAAGAGGCCGAAGAAGGUGCUCCACAAUCCGGCCCCUCUUCUCCCCAACUGAACCAACAGAGACGAAGCAUGAUGGACCUCCAAACCAGCCGCAUGAGCACCGCUAAUCUGCCUCCUCAACUGAGAGCAUCUGUCUUCUUCGAUAAUGAAGGACAAAGAUCACCUACCGAGGUUCAGAUUCAGUCAGCAUCGGCUGUUGCUACUCUAGACAGCAUUCUAGCUGCGUCAGUCAAUGCUCCGGUCAAUGUAUUUACCGAUCAUCCAUUCGCUGGGCCUGGCGGACAAGACAUCUAUGCUCAGGAACGUCCGAUGAAUCGUCGUAGCGCAACUCUAUCCAAGCUUGACAUGUUUAUGGACGAGAACGCAGAGAAGAAGGGACAUGAUAGAACAAUCAGCGCUGGCACGAUCGAGAAGCCCCCUAUGGUCAAGCGCAACAGCGUGAUGACUGUCCUGACUGACUUUGGUGGUAGAUCUGAAGGCAAGAAAUUGAAGAAGAGAAACAGCAAGAUGAGUCUGAUGACUGAUCUGGAUAUGAACGACGGUGGUGAAGACACAGCUACUGAAUUCGCCAAAUCACGACCCGCCAGUGUGCACUUUGGAAAUCUCGACAUUGAGGAGCCGGCCGAGCCAUCACCUCAAGAAGAAUAUACGCAAGCGGCUGCCGAAGAAGUUGCAGGAGACAGAGAGAGCAUCUACAACGACGAACAGGAUAUGAAGAUGCCCUUCUUCGCUCAGCCCACUACUUUGCUGGCUGAACUGCAGGCUCGAAAGGCUCACCAAAAGUCUCGCAAUCGUGCUGCUGCGGAUGCCUUCCCUGACGGCAUGCAUAGUACUCUGCUUCAAAUGGACGCCGUCAAACAGGUGGAGAAGAACAAGAAACAGAAACAUGGACGUGCCAAGCUCGCAUGGGAAGAUCCUGGCGCUGAUGAGGAUGAAGAAGAUGAAGAUGUCCCACUCGGUGUCUUAUACCCCACGAAGGGUGGUUUGAUCAACAGAGGCAAGAACGUCGAGGAAGACUGGGACCGUCCAUUAGGAUUGAUGGAGAAGCGCGAGUAUGAAGACAAUGAACCGCUGAGCAGUCGUCGCUUCCGUCUCAAGGGUGUACCCGCAUCCGAGGCGCGUCAGAUCCGCCAGGAAAUGGAAAGGCAGCGUCAAGAAAUAGAGAGACAGCGCCGGGAAGCCGCUCUGCCAAGACCUGAAGCAGUCCCAUUGCCGGAUGAAGACUCGAAUGAUGAUGCAGAUGUCAAUGAGCCGCUAGGACAGCGUCUACGUCGCCUCAAGCAGAAGCAGAUGCUCAAUGCAGCAUUGGGCGAUGUUGCAGAAGCCGACAAACGCAAGUCCACCGCCUUCUCCGAAGACAUUCUCAGCACAUUUGGCGGCAUAACAGGCAUGAAAGUCGUUAGUCCGGAACCCGAGGAAGAGACAUUGGGACAACGACGUGCACGCUUGCAACGUGAGCGCGAAGCAGAAGCCAAACGAGGAGAUGCGUCAGACCCACCUUCCGUCCGCACCGUCCGUCCCCCUCUCCUCCGCUCCUCUUCGUCUCUUGCGAACCUGCUCGCCGCCCACCCAGUCUCUUCUCCCGGCGGUCCUCGCUCCGCCAAUGUACCCGCAGUCAACUCCCUCCUCGCCGACGCCGCCCGCGCCGAAGAGGAAGCAAGAAGAANNAAACUCCGCGAGCGCAAUCGCACAAGCUCCUACAACCGUCUCACCAGCGGCAUGCCCCAACACCUCGCCCCUCAACCCGCACCUCCACUCCUCACCUCCAGAUCCACCGGCGCAGUACCCCAAUACUUCAACCCGCAAACACUGCAACCGCAACAAGCUCCCAUGAUGUAUCCUGCGCAUAUGGCUGCCGGAGGUAUGCCCGGCUAUGGCUUUGCUCAGCCGCCUGCUUUCUUGCAGCCCACUGCUCAGUAUGGAAACAUGAUGUUUGGCGGUGCACCUGCGUAUCCUGGAUAUGGGCAGAUGCAGAUGCAGAUGCAGAUGCCGCAGCAGAUGAUGCCCAUGCAGCAGCAACAGGCAUACGCACAUAUGGCACAGAUGCAGACGGCUGGUGGUAUGCAUGACCCCAAUAUUGUUGCGCAACGCGAUUUGAUUGAUCGAUGGAGACAGAGUAUCAUGCAUUAG